CAAGGAGAAGAGGCAUCCCAGGCUGGGGGAGCAGCUCGGGCAGAGCCUCGGGGGUGGGAGAGAGGGUAGGCGUUUGGGGAGCUGCUGGGACUUCAGUAUGGCUGGAGUGGAAAGGAGGAGGAGGGAGGCUGAGGUGGGCAGGGCUAGCUCAGGGCUUUGUCACCGAGAUAAGAAGUUUGGACUGAGUCACUGGGAGCCAUUGAAGGACUGGAAGGAAAGGACAGAUACACAACACAGCUGGGAUGGGAAGGGGCAGAAUUGCAGGUUGGAAGGCAGUCAGCCGCCAGUAAUGUGGCCUAAGGGACAGUAAAGUAGUACAGAGGAAUCAGAGACAAUAGAUAUGUUAUGGAGAGGCAUUCUGAGAGGAAGAGCAACACAUCUUGGAACAUUCUAGAAUGAUCAACAGGUACCGAUGGUGCUGAAACGGGGGCGACAGAGGAAGGUCACAUUUGGGGAACAGGAUAGUGUAGUCCCAAUGACUCUCUCCCCAGCAUCUGAUGGCUGUUCCUCCCCUCUUCCCAGCCACCUCCGGUGUCCCUCCUGGUAUUUUUGCCUUCCUGCAGCCCCUCCCACCUCCUUGUCACCCCUUCCUCCUGUGCUUGUCCAGGCCUCCUCUAGCCCGUGGAACCCAACCCCGGCUCCCGUCAGCAGUCCCUCCCUGCUGCUCCCCAUCCCUGCCAUCGUCUUCAUCGCUGUGGGCAUCUAUUUGUUGCUGCUCGGUGUAGUGCUGCUGACGAGACACUGCCUGCUGGCCCAGGGCUGCUGCACGGACUGCAGCUCCCCCUGCAGGAAGCAAGGCGCUUCCCGGCCCCAGGACUGUUGCUGGACCUGUGCGGAAGCCUGCGACUUCCCUCUGCCCAGCCCUGCCCGCUGCCUGGAUGCCUGCUGCCCCCAGCCCACCGAAGCUGGUUGGGCCUCUCGCUGCCCUCGCUGCUGCCCACUCUGCGACUGUGCCUGUGCGUGCCAACUUCCUGACUGCCAGAGCCUCAACUGUCUCUGCUUUGAGAUCAAGCUCCGAUGAGGACCCGGAGUCCUUGCCCUUUGGGGAGCGGCCAACCUCCUGGGCUCACAUGUCCCUUUCUCUGAGGGGCCACUGGACACCUUUCUCUAGGCCACUGGAACCACAAAUGGCCUGCCCAGCUCAUCAGCCCAGGAACCAGCUGUGGAGAGCCUGGCUUCCUGCAGAGCAGGACUCAGAGAGCCCUUGGCCCGCUGGACUGCAACCCCUUUGGGGGGCCAGGAGGGAGAGGGGCUAGUGCUCUGGCAGGUGCCCCUCCCCGCCUCUCCUCCUCCCCACAUAAACUGUUAAAAUUGAAGGUGAGGGUGGGAGACACUGCUCACCACAGACCACAUUAUGGGACAAACUUGAGCCUUGAGCGCCAGGAUAUAGGGGUACCACAACCACACCUUGUCCACGGACUCUUGGUUAUUUUGAGAUCCCUGGCAAAGAUUGAUUUCUCUUGACAACCUUUGAGGGCCUCAGGCUGGAUUUCCAAGGAAGAAAUUUCCUCAGAUGGACGGG